AUUGGCAAGUUUGCAGUCCCGCCUCUUCCGGUUCUCGGCCUGACCUUCCUGCAGCUGGGCCGCACGCUAAAGCGACAUUGACCGACUUCUUUCGAUUCGACCCGACUCGCCCACCUUCGCGGCAUCAUGGUGGCCUACUGGCGACAGGCUGGACUCAGCUAUAUCCGAUACUCCCAGAUAUGUGCCAAAGCAGUGAGAGAUGCCCUGAAGACAGAAUUCAAAACAAGUGCUGAGAAGACCUCUGGCAGCAGUGUAAAAAUUGUGAAAGUGAAAAAAGAGUAAUCUACCCUGACUAAAGCCUGAAAGGCUGCCAUUUCCAAGGUGAAGAAGGCACCUGUUAUGACAGACCGAAAAUAAUCUCCUAUCAUAGAAAAAGAAAAAAUCUUGUCUUGCUUGUAAAUUAACAGUGACAAUAAAUUGAAGUAUGGCU